CCUUCCCUUUAAAUUGUCUUCUCUACCUCUGAUUUUUUACGCUCCUCUCUGCGCCUAUCCUCUUGUUUUGCCUCUCAGAAGAUCAGCAAGAAAACCUCUCUCUCUCUCUCUCUCUCUCUCUCUCUCAAAAUCCUCAAAAUACUUGCUACAUGGGCUCACCAUUUUACAGCUUCCUCAAGCAGAACAACAUUGUCUGCCUCAAAAUUUUCUUGAUUUUAUUAAUCAUGGGGUGCAUACCGGAUAGAACAACCAACCUUUGUUCCAACCAACUCAUUGCCAAACCAGCCACUCCAACUCACUUAAAUGUUACUUCAUCUUUGGAGACACUAAGCCUGGACGGCUACUUUAGUUUCAACAACAACAAUCACGCAGCAAAGGACUUUGGCAAUACAUACCAGUCCCUCCCACUAGCAGUCCUAUAUCCGAAAUCAGUUUCCGAUAUCUCCUCAACGGUGAAACUUAUUUUCAACAUGGGUUCCGCUUCGGAGCUUACUGUUGCCGCCAGAGGCCACGGCCACUCCCUUCAAGGCCAAGCACAAGCUCAUAGAGGUGUAGUCAUCAACAUGGAAUCGCUCAAGGGAUCGCAAAUGCAGGUUCACACUGGAGAGCGACCUUAUGUGGAUGUUUCAGGUGGUGAGCUGUGGAUAAAUAUUCUGCAUGAGACUCUCAAACUUGGGUUGGCACCGAAAUCUUGGACCGAUUACCUUCAUCUCACUGUCGGUGGGACCUUAUCGUACGCCGGCAUCAGCGGUCAGGCCUUCCGGCAUGGUCCCCAGAUCAAUAACGUAUACCGGCUGCAGGUUGUCACAGGAAAAGGAGAAGUAAUUACCUGCUCAAAAAGCAAAAAUCCAGACCUUUUCUAUGGUGUUCUUGGAGGGCUAGGUCAGUUUGGCAUAAUUACACAGGCCAGAAUUUCUCUUGAACCUGCACCAAAGAUGGUGAAAUGGAUUAGAGUUUUAUACUUAGAUUUCUCAUCAUUUUCUAAAGACCAAGAGUAUCUCAUAGCAUCUGAAAAUUCAUUCGAAUAUAUCGAAGGAUUUGUAAUACUUAACAGAACAGGUCUUCUCAAUAACUGGAGAUCUUCUUUCAAUCCUAAAGAUCCAAUGCAAGCCAGCCAAUUCAAUUCGGAUGGAAAAACACUUUACUGCCUAGAAAUGGCCAAAUAUUUUAACCCCGACGUAACGAAUGUCAUAGAUCAGAUAACUGAAAGCUUACUGUUAAAAUUGCACUAUAUCCCAUCCACCCUCUUCAUGUCCGAAGUUUCGUUUGUCGAAUUCCUAGAUAGAGUGCAUUUGUCGGAGCUAAAACUCCGAGCGAAAGGACUAUGGGAAGUUCCCCACCCGUGGAUGAACCUACUCAUUCCAAAAAACAGAAUACACGAGUUUGCAGAUGAGGUCUUUGGUAACAUUCUCACAAACAAUAUCAAUGGUCCUAUCCUUAUGUACCCAGUCAACAAAACCAAGUGGAACAACAACACAUCUUUGGUAACCCCAGAUGAAGAUGUAUUCUACCUAGUGGCAUUGCUAUCAUCUGCAGUGCCAUCUUCCAAAGGAACAGACGGCCUAGAAUACAUUCUAACACAAAAUAAAAGAAUACUAGAAUACAGCGCUAGAGCCGACCUUGGUAUCAAGCAGUAUCUUCCUCAUUACAGAACCCAAGGAGAGUGGCGAGCUCACUUCGGCCCUCGAUGGAAGGCUUUUGCAAGAAGGAAGUCUUCUUAUGAUCCACUGGCAAUCCUUGCUCCCGGACAGAUGAUGUUCAAAAAGGGAAUACCAAUAUUAUAACAAUGGUAUUAAAAUGAAUGAGCUAUACCCAGUAAUUGCCUCACAGAGCCAGAGACGAUCGAUAAUGUCCAAAACCGUAUGGUCUUCUCAGAUUUCCAGUUCUAUAGUGAGCAUUGUUCUAAAAAUCUCUGCCUAGCGUCGUGGCCCUGCCUAGGUGAUAGGCAACUGACCGUCCUAAGUAAUCCCUAGACUUUUGAAAUUUAGAAAAGGGCACCUAGACCUAUCUAGAAGCCCGCUUAAGUCGC